AUGUUUAGUUUAUCCGCUUCCCUGCUCUUCUCCGCCGAGCACCAAACCUCUUCUUCUUCUUCUUCUUCUUCUUCUUCUUCUUCUUCUUCUUCCUCUUCGUCUCGACGACGACGAGUGAUGCAAGGGUUUGUCGCCCUGGGGUCCUUCCCUUCGUUUAAGAAUCCAUUCGAUUUUAAUAACGAACGAACGGCGAACGCGUCGACGAGUUCAUCGUCUGCAAAAGUCGGCACCACGAACGAAACCGUCAAAAUUAUCAACGGAAUACGGCAAAAACGGUUAGGAAAUACGGACAUUUUCGUUUCAGAGAUUGCGUUAGGGACGCAGCGAUGGGGUAGCGCGGAUUUUAACGCUCCGGAUGAAAAGGUUUGCCACGAUUUUUUGGAUUUUGGAAUCUUGGAAUCGGGCGUGAGUCUCAUAGACACCGCAGAACAAUAUCCGAUACCGUCUGAUCGAGCGCAUCCAGAAGGAUAUUCAGAAGAAAUCAUCGGGAACUGGAUGAAGAAGGAUAAAUCGAGGAGAGAGAAGGUGGUCAUCGCGACUAAAAUUACAGGUGGAGCGAAUGUCACGAAGAAGAACAUUAAGAAAGAUUUAGAAGGUAGUUUGCGAAGAUUGAACACGGAUUAUGUAGACGUCUACACAAUGCACUGGCCGGCGCGGUAUACCCCUCAGAGUAAUUGGGGGCAGUCUUUGCAGUACAACUUAGAAAACGAAGCGGCGCCGUAUUACCGAAACGCGGCGUCGUUUGAAGAAAUUGCAGAGGCCAUGGGAGAUUUGAUCAGAGAAGGAAAACUGAGAGGAUGGGGAUCUUGUAACGACAACGCUUACGGUUUAACAGCGAUGUGCUACGCCGCAAGAAGCGUCAACGCGCCGGAACCGUGCUGCUUGCAAGGAGAUUUUUCCUUAAUUAAUAGAAGGAUGUUAGAAAAUGGAGUUUCGGAAGCAAGCUCGCCAGUACACGAAAAUGUCGGGUGGAUGGCGUAUAACGUGCUGGCUGGAGGUGUUUUGACCGGAAAGUAUUUGGACAAGUUAGCCGCGCCAGAUUUAGAUUCAGAGAAAGCCAUGGUCGCGCAACUGAAAAAUCCGCGCGGUCGAAUGGACGAUUACAGCUGGGGUUCGACUUUAUACAGGUACAGAUCCGCGCCAGCUUUAAGGGCCGUCGACAUGUACAAUGAAAUCGCGAAACAAUCCGGUAUGUCACUCACCGAGUUGAGCUUACGAUGGGCCAAAGAUAAUCGCGCGAACACAACCUCUCUCGUAGGCCACACGUCCUUGAACCAAUUAAAAGAAACUGUAAAAUAUUUCGACGCGAGCGUCCCUAGAUUGGACGACAGCGUCUUAUGGGCCAUCGAUAGAGUCCACAUGCAAAACAGACUCCCAAUCUUUUCCAGCGAACGCGUUUCCGCGGAUAUGAACGGGAGAGGAGAGAUUGGAGAGAGCAUCCCGUGA